AUGAAGAUCGAGAGUGAGAACCAUCAGACCGAGAUCGAGACAAUCAAGCGCAACUUGGCAACCAGUGAGGAUGUUACCACUGUAUACAGGAAUGCAAACACAGGGCUUGAGCGCCUGAACCAGGCGCUCGAGAAGAAUCUUGAACAUUUAGAAAAGAAAUGGAAGGCGUUCCGGACCUUGUUCCUUCACGACGUACCUCCAGCUCCGUCCAACCCCUUUUGGAAGAAGGCGGGGAAAAAUGAUGCAAGCAACAAAGCAGCAACUCUUCCAGGCUUGCUUUCUAGGAGCAAUAUCCUAGUACCUAAGAAGACUUCCGGUGCCACUCGACCACAACUCGGCUCAUCGGGUCUCUUCAAGCCGCUUUUCUCGGUUCAACCUGUCCCAAAAGGACAGGAAACCAUGCUGAAGAGGGAGGCUGACAGCCAGAAUGAGACUCCUGCUAACAAAUUGCGCGCUAUUGCCACUAAUUUCGACGCAAUGGUGGCUAGGAACGCUACUCUUAAGUUGGAUCACGAGCUCAAAUACACCAGGCUUGUCGCAUUGCGAGAUCAGCAGAAGACUGAGUUGCAGUCUCGGGAGCACAAGGCCAAGAAUUCUUCGCUCCAGGCAGAGAACAAGGCUCUCAAGGAGAAGGUCCGAAAGGCGAAGCAGGUCUGGGACGUGUUCCAUGGCCUUGGCAACAUUCUCGACGAAAAUGAAGAUUGA